AGCACCAGCUGGUGAGCAAUGCAAGAAGCAGACUUGUAACCAACUUACAUCAUCUUCAACAUGAAGAUAGCCACAGUGCCAAUGCUUCUGACCCUGGCUCUUUGCCUCGUACAAGAUGCUGCCAGUGAAGAUGAAAAUCAGGACAUUUGCAAUGAAUAUCGAGCAUUGAUGAAAAAUGGAAAAUUGUUCUGUUUCCAAGAUAAAAAACUUUUUCAAAGCCCUGAUGGAAAAAUGUUUAUCAACAAAUGUGCCAUGUGCAAAAUGAGAUUGGAAAAAGAAGCAAAAUUGCAGAGGAGGGCCAGGCGUUUAGCAAGAGCCACCACUGCUCCUGCCCCAGCAAAGUUGAAUUGCGAUGAUUUCAAGAAAGAAGAAAGAAAUGGGCAUUUUGUCUGUACCCUUGAUAAUGCACCUGUUUGUGGCACAGAUGGGAAAACAUACAGUAACAGAUGUGUGCUAUGCGCUGAGAACACUAAAACCAGAUCCCAAGUUGGCAUAGAAAGAGAAGGAGAAUGUGAGAGCAGUAAACCAGAGCAGGAUGUAUGUAGUGCUUUUCGGCCUUAUGUGAAGGAUGGAAGACUUGGAUGCACAAGGGAAAAUGACCCAGUUCUCGGUCCUGAUGGGAGGACGCAUGGCAACAAGUGUGCGAUGUGUGCUGAGCUGUUCUUAAAAGAAGCUAAAGAAAAGGCCAAGCAAACAGGUGAAACCAAAAUGCCACGAACCAAAAUGCCACGAACCAAAAUGCCACGAAGCGCUGAACAGAAUCUCUGUAAGGAAUAUGAAAGCCAAGUGAGGGAUGGAAGACUUUUCUGUACACGGGAGAGCGACCCCAUCCGCGGCCCUGAUGGCAAGAUGCAUGGCAACAAGUGUGCCCUGUGUGCUGAAAUCUUCAAACAGCGCUUUUUAGAAGAAAAAAAUAAAACAGAUGAGAACCUGAGAAAGGCUGAAGAAAAAGUUAAAGUUAAAAGAGAAACUGAGAAACUCUGCAGUCAAUUUCAGGAUCAUGCAAAGGACGGAAUACUUUUCUGUACCAGAGAAAAUGACCCUGUUCGUGGUCCAGACGGGAAAAUACAUGGCAAUUUGUGUUCCAUGUGUCAAGCCUUCUACCAAGCAGAAGCUGAAGAAAAGAAAAAGGCUGAAGCAAAAGCAAGAAAUAAAAGACAACCUGGAAAAGCACCCUCAUAUGCAGAGCUGUGCAGUGAAUAUCGCAAGUUGCUGAGAAAUGGAAAACUGCCUUGCACCAGAGAGAAUGACCCCAUCCGGGGCCCAGACGGGAAGAUGCAUGGCAACACCUGCUCCAUGUGUGAGGCCUUCUUCCAAGCAGAGAAAAAAGAAAAGAAACAGAAGGAAGCAGAAUCAAGAAACAAAAGGCAAUCUGAGAAUACAGCUUCCUUUGAGGAGCUGUGCAGAGAAUACCGCAAAUCUAGGAAGAAUGGACAGCUGCUGUGCACCAGAGAGAAUGACCCCAUCAAGGGCCCAGAUGGGAAGAUGCAUGGCAACACCUGCUCCAUGUGUGAGGCCUUCUUUCAACAAGAAGAAAAAGCAAGAAAAAAGGCUAAAAGAGAAGCUGCGGGGGAACUCUGCAGUGAAUUUAGGAGCCAACUGAGGAACGGAAUGCUCAUAUGCACCAGGGAGAAUGACCCUGUCCGUGGCCCAGAUGGCAAGAUGCACGGAAACAAGUGUGCAAUGUGUGCCAGCAUGUUCAAACUUGAAGAAGAAGAGAAGAAAAAAAAUGGCAAGGAAAAAAAGGAGAAAGCUGAGGCUGAGAAGGUUAAGAGAGAAGCAAUACAGGAGCUGUGCCGUGACUACCGUAACUAUGUGAGGAACGGACGCCUUCCCUGCACCAGAGAGAACGACCCCAUCGAGGGCCUAGACGGGAAGAUGCACGGCAACACCUGCUCCAUGUGUGAGGCCUUCUUCCAGCAAGAAGCAAGAGAAAAAGAAGCUGAAUCUAGAACAAGAGUGAAGAGAGAAGCUGAAAAGGAUAUGUGCAAUGAAUUUCGGAGCCUUCUGAAGGAUGGAAAUCUUUUCUGCACUCGAGAAAAUGAUCCCGUGCGUGGCCCGGAUGGCAAGACCCAUGGCAACAAGUGCGCCAUGUGCAAAGCAGUCUUCCAGAAAGAAGAUGAAGAAAGAAAGAGAAAAGAAGAGGAGGAGCAGAGAAACGCCGCAGGGCACGGCUCCAACGUCAGGGGCGGUGGAGGGAAAGCUCAGGACCAAUGUGCUGAGUUUCGGGCAAAAAUGAAAGAUGGAAAACUCAGCUGUACUCGGGAGAGGGACCCUGUACGGGACGCAGACGGCAAAUCGUACAACAACAAGUGUACCAUGUGUCAGGAGAUCCUGCAAAGAGAAGCAGAGGAAAAAAAUAAGCAUUCUGGCUACAGAUCAAAUGAGACUGAAUCAGCAUCAGGAAAGGAUGUAUGUGAUAUGUUUAGAAGUCAAAUGAAAGAUGGAAAACUUAUUUGCACCCGAGAAAGUGACCCUGUCCAGGGUCCAGAUGGCAAGACACAUGGCAAUAAGUGUGCUAUGUGUAAGGAAAAACUGGAAAGGGAAGCAGCUGAAAAAAAAAAGAAAGAGGAGGACAACUUGAGAAAUACAGCCGAAAAUGACGAUGAAAAACAGGAUCAGUGUCAUGAAUUCCGGGACAAGGUGAUAGAGGGAAGAGGUCUUGCCUGCACCAGAGAAAACAACCCUGUUCGUGGUCCAGACGGCAAGAUGCACGUCAACAAGUGUGCUAUGUGUCAGAGCAUCUUUGAGCGAGAAGCUAAUGAAAGAAAAAAGAAUGAAGACGGAAGAUCAAAUGCAAGGCCGUCAAAUGAUGCAAAGGAUGAGUGCAGUAACUUCCGCGAGUACGCGAGGAACGGCGAGCUUGUGUGCACUCGAGAGAACGACCCCGUGCGUGGUGCCGAUGGACAGUUGUAUAAAAACAAGUGCUACAUGUGCAGAACUAUCUUUCGAAAAGAAGCUUUGGAAAUGACAAGCAUUCAAGAAAGGCCAUCCCAUGUUAGAUCUUCUGAAGGGGAAGGCAAUCCAGAUUCCUCCGUUAGGUCUCUGGAUGCUGCCAUGUGCGAACACUACAGAGUACUGCCCAGGAUGGGUUACCUUUGCCCAAAGAACUUAGACCCUGUCUGUGGUGAUGAUGGCCAGACAUACAACAAUCCCUGCAUGCUGUGUCACAAAAACCUAAUAUACCAAACUAAUACACACAUACGCAGUGAAGGGAGGUGCGAGGAGAAUGGCAUCCCAGAAACAACAUCUGCCAGCCUGCCCACAUCUUUCAAAUGAUGCAAGAGUUGGUGAACACCAUGAGAGAAAAUGUGUACUCCAAUUAUGAAUCGCCUACCUUCACCAUCUGUAUAUAUGAAGAAUUCUUCAGAGCUUGUCUUAUUUACUAUAGAAAGCAAUACAGAGCUGUUGGGGGAAUGGAUUCACUAAUUUUCAGUCUUUUCCAUCUCUUUCCUCCUAGAUUCUGUGAUCUGAGGGCACAGAGACAUCUUCACCCAGUCUGUGCUCUGGAAACCUGAUCACAAUGCUGUCUGUUCAACUGCCUGUUCAAUAAAAGUACACCCAGCAGAACAUGAUUUCUGGGACUUCUUUGUGGAUAAUAGAAACGUGUUUUUGCAGAAGCUGAAUAAACUCUACCCUUGUGUCUUGUCAUGCCUGUGGGUGGAGAGAGAAUGCUCACUUUUUUUUCAGAUUCAAGUUACUGUCAUAGUUGA